AGCAGCGAUUGCAGCAGCAACAACAGCAGCAGCAGCAAAAAGCGCCAGCGGAAGCAACAUCAGCAGCAGCAACAACAGAAAAAUCCUCAUCAAAUCCUCACCUAGGUUCUCAGUGUAUCCAGAUCCACAUCUUCACUCAAGCCGGGAGAGGGAAAGAGGAAAGGGGGGGAGAAAAAAAAAAAAAACCCCAGCAACUUAGCGGAAACUUCUCAGAGAAUGCUCCAAAACUCAGCAGUGCUUCUGGUGCUGGUGAUCAGUGCUUCUGCAACCCAUGAGGCGGAGCAGAAUGAUUCUGUGAGCCUCAGGAAAUCCCGGGUGGCAGCUCAGAACUCAGCUGAAGUGGUUCGCUGCCUCAACAGCGCACUGCAGGUUGGCUGUGGAGCUUUUGCAUGCCUGGAAAACUCCACCUGUGACACAGAUGGGAUGUACGACAUCUGUAAAUCCUUCUUGUACAGCGCUGCUAAAUUUGACACUCAGGGAAAAGCAUUUGUCAAAGAGAGCUUAAAGUGCAUCGCCAAUGGGGUCACCUCCAAGGUCUUCCUGGCCAUUCGGAGGUGCUCCACUUUCCAGAGGAUGAUUGCUGAGGUCCAGGAGGAGUGCUACAGCAAGCUGAACGUGUGCAGUGUCGCCAAGCGGAACCCGGAAGCCAUCACAGAAGUCGUCCAGCUCCCUAAUCAUUUCUCCAACAGAUACUAUAACAGACUUGUCCGAAGUCUACUGGACUGUGACGAAGACACAGUCAGCACCAUUAGAGACAGCCUGAUGGAGAAAAUCGGCCCCAACAUGGCCAGCCUCUUUCACAUCCUGCAGACGGAUCACUGUGCCCAUACACACCAGCGAGCUGACUUCAACAGGAGGCGUGCCAAUGAGCCGCAGAAGCUGAAAGUCCUCCUCAGGAACCUCCGAGGUGAGGUGGCCUCUCCCUCCCACAUCAAACGCACCUCCCAGGAGAGUGCCUAGCCGGGGAGAGGCAAUCACAGCCUCAGCAAACUACGAUCGUUUUAAGGGUGUUUACGCACCAACGUUGAGUGUACUGUGCCUGGUUUGAUUUUUUUUUUAAGUAGUUCCUAUUUUCUAUCCCCCUCCCCUUAAAGAAAAAUUGCAUGAAACUAGGCUUCUGUAAUCAAUUUCUCAACAUUUUGCAAUGGCAGCAUUCCCACCAAUAGAACAUAUGUGAUCUCUAUGCCUCUCCUCGGGAGAAAGUGGCCUCUUUUAUCACUUCCCUCCACUCGGUCUUUUCCCAGCUCCCCUCCAAUAACUCUCAAACACAAAACAUUCACAUAACUCCCCAGACAUUGUCAUUUGAAGAUGCGGAGCCCUUUAGAACGGUUGCCCCAGUAGAGUUAGCUGAUAAGAAGCAACUUAAUUUAAAUGCAUGUCUUAAACAAACGCUCAUAAAGAUGCUCAGUGGAAUUCGUGUUAUGAAUCUGUGCUGGCCAUGGACGAAUAUGAAUGUCAUAUUUGAGUUCUUGAUCUCUCAUGAGCUAGUGUCUUAUGGUGUUGAUCCUCAGUGUCUAAUUUCCUUCCCAACACAUUUACCAAAUUGCUCGAGCCUGGCUCUCCAACCAGACUUGGAGCCUGCAUCUUCUUGCAUUGAAUGAAAAACAAAAAGCUAACAUCUCUAAGUACUGUAACUGCUCAGAGCUUUAAAAGUAUCUUUAACAAUUGUCUUAAAACCAGAGAAUCUUAAGGUCUAACUGUGGAAUAUAAAUAGGUGAAAACUAAUGUACUGUACAUAAAUUCCAGAGGACUCUGCUUAAACAAAGCAGUAUAUAAUAACUUUAUUGCAUAUAGAUUUAGUUUUGUAACUUAGCUUUAUUUUUCUUUUCCUGGGAAUGGAAUAACUAUCUCACUUCCAGAUAUCCACAUAAAUGCUCCUUGUGGCCUUUUUUAUAACUAAGGGGGUAGAAGUAGUUUUACUCAACAUCAAAACUUAAGAUGGGCCUGUAUGAGAUAGAAAAAAAAAAAAAAAACCAACAGGUUUAUCUGAAGGACCCCAGGCAAAAUGUUAAUCUCCCAGCCCACCUCAACCCAGAGGCUACUCUUGACUUAGACCUAUCCUGAAACAGCUCUGUCACAUCCAACUGAGAAUUACAGGAGCCAGAAAGAGCAACCCUUUGAGCUUGGGCCACUUAAGAGUGUGAUCCGGCCUGCUAUGCCUUGGGAAGUGGCAGUUCUUGACUUGUCACCUUUCAUCAGUGCCUGGUUCUCUGGCAACAUGAUGAUGGGGUAGGAGGCUUUCCAUGAACUCAAUCAGGAAUGAGUCAAUCAGCCUUUGGGUCUUUAGUUCGGGGGACUUGGGGCUGAGGGGGUAUAAGUAACCCUGGGUUGUCCAGCCUUAAUAAACUCCUCUUAUUACAUUUUUGUCCUGUAGCACGCUGCCUUGCCGAAGUAGUCCUGGCAGCCGGGCCAUCUCUGUAUAGGAUUGCAAAAAAAAAGAAAAAAACAAAAAAACAAA